AUGUUUUGCUUGAAGGAUAGGAACGAGCAUAUCUCGAUCAAGAAACUCGGCACAGGCUACCAGCAUACACGGGUCGCUCUGGAAAACCAAGUCGGUGAGAACUUGGAUGAGGUGCUCGAGAUGUGGAGGGAGAUGGAUGCAGAGGGACAUUUGGCGGAGGAGUUUGUCGUCGAUGCUAACUUUCUCUUGCUGAUGAUCCACAUCCCCACAUUAGCGCCACAGCUGAACUUGGACUUCAAACUGAACCUCAAACUGAACCUCAAAUCGAGUCUCUUCAACAGACAAGUGCUAUUCUCUCCUGAUACAUCCUCAGUGCCAGUAGACAUGGGAAUGGACUUUGUCUUCAUCAACGUACGCGAACCCAGAGAUGCCCUCCAGCUAGCCAAAGAGCCCGAAGUCCGCUCCCACGUGGCCCGCUAUCAAUGGCGACAAGUCGAGAGUCGGGCGAAGAUCACACGCGAGAGAGUUGUCGGGCGAUACGAGGAAAUAUUCGAGACAUUCAAGGACAGCGAAGACGACGACGAUGACGACGACGAGGAGAUCGUCUCCGUUGGCUAUAUGCAAAUCCGCCGUCCUAAGCGCCCUCUCCCGGACCCGUCUCACCCUCUCUCAAUCCCACUGCCACUAGGCGGACUCCGGGGCGAUCCUUUUUCGAUCGUAUCCGAUCUCGUGGAGACCGUUUCUACCACGGUUGAUUUGAUGAGUAUGGCUGUGGACAUCCCGGAGUUAGACCAGCCCGGAAACCGAGGUCUUCUCCGAACCCGCUGGUUCCCUCUCGUCAUGACAGAGCCAGCGCUAUUCCUGGUGAUCAUGUUGUUGGCGGCAUCGCACCACGCAACAUUAGUGCCGAAUCCGUCGACGGACUCGAAGCUGGAUCUUCUCCGUCUGCGAUGUGAAACCAUCAACGCCAUCAACCACGCGCUGCAGUUCCAGCGCCACGACCAGGUCAGCGACGCCCUGGUCGGGGCCAUUGCCAAGAUGGCCAGCUACGAGGCCAUGUUCGGCAGCAUGGAGAGCUACGACGUGCAUAUGCGGGGUCUUACCCAGGCAGUCGGUCUCCGGGGCGGGCUCACCGAACUGGGACUGGAUGGAUUACUGCGUCGGAUUGUCGUGUGGAUCGAUCGCAAUGCGGCGUUUCUGCACGGGUCGUCGCUUCAUUUCCCGGGAGCGACUUUUGUGUUGGGGGAACCGUUACCGGAUCCGAAUCCGGGACAUUUCUUAGGGGCGUCAUAA